AUGACAAUCGUCGUCAACUUUGUACCAGCCCCGGCGGCUCAAAUUCGCGGCGUAACUAAUGUAUGCAAUGUGAUCUGCCCGAGAUGGUGCGAGAAACAGAGCAGACCCGGGGCGAACGUCACGCACUGCCAUAUCGUAUGCGGCGAUUUGUGCGAGGGACAGUUGCAGUCCAACAACCCCUACGUGGGCAACCAAUACUUCGAAGUUGUCUCCACAGAAUUUGAGUUCGCCCGGUAUGACGCGGACCAUGAUAAACGAAUCUCCGUGCACGAGUUUGCAGCCGAGGAAAACGUGCCUGUGGAAGACGCCCAGAAGAUAUUUGACUUCGCCGACUUUAACGACGAUGGCUUCAUCGACGAAAAGGAAUUUCACGGCGGUCCAUUUAUUUUCACAGUCCAAAUGGCUGCAGAAUUCUCAAACAUGGGACGUCUUGGAAACAAAGCUUCUGUUUAGUUUCGUUAACUGUGUUUUGAUAUUCUUUUCUACACUUUUUAAAAGGGACGUUUGACAGUAAUCCAUGUAAACAAACAGGUUAUUCAGGCCAAAAGAAAAAAUGUUUAUUUCUCAAUUCAAAUGUAUGUCUCAUGUCUUAUUUCAUCUCCACUUUCCUUUCUCUUUUCUAUUUUCUAUGUAAAGAUUAACACCAUGUCACAAUUGUUAAUAACUCUUUGUAAAAGAUGCAUUGUCACUGUAUACUCAUGUGUCACUAUAUUUGGGAUUUGAGCUUAAUAAAGGUUAUGUUGUU